AUGGUCCUCAAUUUGCAACCACCACGUGACAUUCAUGUGGCAGUUUGACAUAGCUACCCCACAAAUGUCUUUGCUAUCAAAAUCAAACCCAGAUGAAAUUUGACAGUCUUGUUUGUAACCAAUGGAUCAUCAAGCCCUUCACAACACCCACGUAAAGCUCUUAGCUUUCGACAUCCUCACCCUCACCCAAACCCGAGACCCAACCUCCUUCUCCCGCAACGGCGUCCUCCUCUCACGCGCCGAGGCCGUCGGCACCGUCACCUCACGCGACCUCAAACCCAACAGGUUCCUCCGCUUCACCAUCGACGACGGCACCGCCUCCCUCAGCUGCAUUCUCUGGCUCAACCAACUCACCUCCCCUUACUUCUCCCGACGAAGCCCACCAGACGUUAGACUCAUUGCCUCAUCCGCCGCCCGCUUCGCCGCUGACGUCACCCUCGGAGCCGUGGCAAGAGUGCGCGGCAAAAUCUCCAGCUUCAGGGGUGAAAUGCAGAUCACCGUCACCGAUGUCGUCAUCGAGAGGGACCCCAAUGCCGAGAUGUUGCAUUGGAUUGACUGCAUGAGGUUGGCUCGAAAGGUCUACAAUGUCAUCCCUCAAAAUAGUUGAAGAAGAUUUCAUAGAAUGAGAAAUGUGGGCAUGAUCAAGUUUAAUUGUUGUUUGUUAUUACUUAUUAGGGUUCUUUUACUAGCCCGGUA